AUGGUUCAGACUUCCACAAUCGUCGCUGCCAGUGUUGGCACAGUUGCUACAGGAUUGGUCGCCUACGCAAUUUAUUUCGACCAUAAGAGACGCACCGAUCCAAACUUUCGCAAACAAUUGAAGAAAGAAUCGAAACGACAAGCAAAAGCCGCGAAGGAGGAAGCGGAAGCUCACAACGAGAGACAAAAAGAAGUUAUCAAGGCAGUGGUUGUUGAGGCCAAGGAAGAUGGGUUCCCCGUAGACGUCGAGGAGAAAGAGGCAUAUUUCAUGUCUGAAGUUGCUAGAGGAGAAGGCUUAAGCUCAGAGGGUGGUGACCCCAUAGAAGCAGCACUUUGUUUUUACAAGGCUCUCAAAGUUUAUCCUCAACCAAAUGAUUUAAUAUCCAUCUACGACAAGACAGUGCCAAAGCCGGUCCUCGAUAUUCUUGCAGAAAUGAUUGCAGCAGAUGCAGCUCUAGAUGUUGGACCUUUUGGCGGCAGCGGUUCGGAUAGUGGAAUUCCUGGCGUUGGCCUUGAUUGA